AAGACGUGCAGGUGCAUCUUACCGGACAUGUUGGGGAUCUAGCGCGAAUGCGUUUUUUUGGACCACCGCUUGGAGUGGCAGAGUCGUUCCGAUGUUUUGAUGAUCUUCAACCCCUGUUCUAUGUACAGCUGCUAACGAGGACCACUUUCCCGUGCGUCCGCAAGCUCUUCUUAUUUUUUAUCAUCGUUUUCCCACAUGAUCUGGAUCAUCUUCCUAGUCGAUGAAGUAUUUUUAGCCAAGAUACAGAUAACCUAUUCUCCUUCAUCUCGAUCCAUCUCCCUAGUAGAGAUAUUAGCCAACAACAUCCAAAAAAAAAUAAAAAAUGAUGCCUGUUCUGGACCUGAAGGGCAUGGGGAUUCCAGCGCACCUGGAAACCCCUCUGCUUGUCGUCAUCGGCAUUCAUGCGUUGUUAAGGCUAGUUUUCCACUAUCCUGCGCGGACCAAAAAAAAAAAACUGAAACUACCCACUCAACUCGUUAUAGUGAAAAACAUAAUCUACCUCUAACGUUGGCGUUUGGGACAUGGGCUCUUUUUUUUGUCAAGGACCUCAUCAAACCACCUCUCCAUCCGAUUCAAGCGGAAGCGAUGAAAGCAAAGAAAACGAUGUGAAGAUUUGGGAGAAGUGGACAACUUCUUCGUUGUCCUCAAGAACUUACUUACUUAGUUGUCCUCCUAGUAAGCUUUUCAGUCUUGACCUCCUCCUUGAACAUUUGUUAGAACUCAGUGGCCCUUUUCAUUCUUGACCUCCACCUGCUCCUUGAACAUUUUGUUAUCUAUGCGUUCUUCUGCUUGUGGGCAUUCUGACUUUUCAACCUAAGAAAAGCAGAGCUGCCACAAGAUGGUGAUGUGACGGAUGGACGCCUGUCAUAUCGAUGAGAAAUUUAUUCGCGGAGAUCUUCUCAUGUUAAAGUUAAUAUCUUCAUAAGAUCCAAUCUUUUCUCGCGAGUGCC